AUCAUUGUUGAUGAUGACAACAGCAAGGAGUGGACCAUCUAUGAGGCAGGCCCCAAGAGUGUCAAAAGUCCACUCAUCUGUUUCCCGCCAGCCAGUGGCACUGCUGAUGUCUACUUCCGCCAGGUGCUAGGUCUCUCUGCCCUGGGCUACCGGGUGAUCGCUGUUGAAUACCCAAUCUACUGGACAAUGAAAGAAUUUCUGGAGGGCUUUAGGAAACUGUUAGACUUCCUUGUGCUGGACAGGGUUCAUAUUUUUGGGGCUUCUCUAGGUGGAUUUUUAGCGCAGAAGUUCGCAGAAUAUUCAGCCCGCUCACCUCGUGUGGCCUCUCUCAUUUUGUGCAAUUCUUUCUAUGAUACAACAAUAUUCCAGCAGACAAAUUCAGCUCCCACGUUCUGGAUGAUGCCUUCAGUGGUGUUGAAGAAAAUGGUCAUGGGAAGCUUUGAGAAGAAAGCAGCAGACGCAGACAUUGCAGACUCCAUUGAUUUCAUGGUGGAGAAGCUUGAUGGCAUGUCCCAGCAAGCUCUAGCGUCCAGGCUAACGUUAAACUGCAUGAACUGCUAUGUUGAACCGCAGAAACUCCGUGACUUGGAUGUCACAUUAAUGGAUGUUUAUGAUGACUGUGCCUUAUCUUGUGCUGUGAGAGAGGAGAUGUGCAAAUGUUAUCCUGAAGCCAAAAGAGCUCAUCUAAAAAACGGUGGUAACUUCCCUUAUUUGAGCAGAAGUACAGAAGUGAAUGUGUUCUUACAGAUCCACCUACGAAAGUAUGACCUUGGUCCUUACCGUGCUCGAGAGUUGACGGAGGAUGAGAAAUCGUUGUUGAUCCAAGCCAGUGGUGGCCAGGAAGCCUAG